GCUGCGCCACACAACUUCUGGCUAGGAAGAUGGCGGCUUCCCGGAGACUUGCCGGUUGCCUUAGAGAGGUGUUCAGGCUUCCGUGAGUAGUGUUGGGCAGUGAAGGUGGGAGGAGCUCGAUCCCUAGAGCUCCAGAGGCCCCACACUUCGCCCUUUCCGCAACGUACGCCUUCAUCUCUAGAUCUCCUGUGGUGUAACCUCUCCGUUCUUGCUGCGUCUAAAGGUAGUGUUUUCCACUAUCCCAGGGUGACUUGGAGUUUGCUGUGUAGUCUCAGGCUGGACUCGAACUCACAGUGAUCCUCCUUCCUCAGCCUCCCGAGUGCUGGGAUUAAAGGUGUGUGCCACCACACCUGGCUGGCCAAAUGUUUUUAAAACUUUGAAGGUAGGAUCCUGGCCUCUACUGUGCCUACUCAAUCCAGCCAUCCAAGAGCCAUGGACGUAGCUGAGCCCAACAGCCCCACGGAAGAGGAAGAGGUGGGAGAAGAGGAGGCAGCAGCAGAGCCUCGACCACGCACACGCUCCAACCCUGAAGGGGCUGAGGACCGAGCCUUGGGUGCUCAGGCCAGUGUGGGCAGUCGCAGUGAGGGUGAGGGAGAAGCAGCCAGUGCAGAGGAUGGGGCAUCAAAUGUACCAGUUGCUGGACCUAAGCCCUGGCAGAUGUCACCACCCACGCCUGAGGUCCAGAUUCGAACCCCAAGGGUCAACUGUCCAGAGAAGGUGAUCAUCUGCCUGGACCUGUCAGAGGAAAUGUCACUGCCUAAGCUGGAGUCAUUCAAUGGCUCCAAAACCAACGCCCUGAAUGUUUCCCAGAAAAUGAUUGAGAUGUUUGUGCGCACCAAACACAAAAUUGACAAGAGCCAUGAGUUUGCAUUGGUUGUGGUGAAUGAUGACUCUGCCUGGCUGUCUGGCCUGACCUCCGACCCCCGUGAGCUCUGCAGCUGCCUCUACGACCUGGAGACAGCGUCUUGUUCCACCUUCAAUCUGGAAGGUCUCUUCAGCCUCAUCCAACAGAAGACUGAGCUGCCUGUUACGGAGAAUGUGCAGACCAUUCCACCCCCAUAUGUGGUCCGCACCAUCCUUGUCUAUAGCCGCCCACCUUGCCAGCCCCAGUUCUCUAUGACUGAGCCCAUGAAGAAGAUGUUCCAGUGCCCAUAUUUCUUUUUUGACAUUGUAUAUAUCCACAAUGGUGCUGAAGAUAAGGAGGAGGAGAAGAUGAGCUGGAAGGACAUGUUCACCUUCAUGGGCAGCCUGGAUACCAAGGGCACCAGCUACAAGUAUGAAGUGGUGCUGGCAGGACCUGCCCUGGAGCUGCACAACUGCAUGGCAAAACUGCUAGCUCACCCACUGCAGCGGCCCUGCCAGACUCAUGCCUCCUACAGCCUGCUGGAGGACGAGGAGGAAGCCACUGAGGGAGAGGCUACUGUGUGACCUGUUCUAGAUGCCGCCACCUGCUGUUGCAUGACCUUUGGGUUAGAGCACUGGUUCUCAAACUCAGCUCCACAGGACCCCUAAAGGUUCCAAGAGGCACCCAGGACUCUUGAGGGGCCCUGAGGAGAAGCCCAGGAUUCCAGAAGUUCUCUCAGGAAGUCUGGGUAUCCAUUCCCCAUGUUUCCUGGCCCAUGCCCAUUCUUAAGUUUGUCAGUUGUAAUUUUUGUCUCAAAAUAAAAAAUUGACUCAGGCUCUCA